AUAUCUGCAGCUGUGCUCUUCUGCCUGAAUGAAAUAACACUUUGCAGUGUGGAAUCUUACUUAAUGUGUGUGUUUGAGUGAAGGAGUGGUCCGUUAUCCGACCCUUCAACUUGAUUUGACUUUAAGUUUGAGCUUGACAAACAACACAGAAUGGCGUCAAUGAAGGGGUCUGUACUGAGGAUUGUUUUGCUGGGGAAGAACAGCUCAGAGAUCAGUAGAGUGGGAAACUUCAUCCUGGGCAAAGAUGUGUUUAAUACUGUAGGUCCUCCUCCUUCAGUAGAGCAGCACAGUGAGAGAGCCAGAGGAAAUAUGGAGGGAAGAUGCAUCACCCUCAUCAACACUCCUCACCUGUUUGAUCCUCAAUUCAGAGUGACUCAAAUACCUAAAAGUGUGAAAGAGUGCAUGUCUCUGUGUGCUCCUGGACCUCAUGUUAUAGUGCUGGUUAUACAGCCAGACGACUUCAUUGAGACAGACAGAAAUAGACUGAAUUACGUCCUCAGUUCUUUUCCUGGUACGGUCCAAAAACACAUUUUGAUACUAACAACACAAAUGCUGCAGUCAGGCUCCAGUGUAGAUCGAGCUCAGGAGAACAUCAUACAGAAGAUCAUCACUGAAUGCAGCAACAGGCAUUUUGAGUUUAGUAGUGAAUGCAGUCGCUCUGCUCUUAUGAAGAUGAUGGAGAAGAUUGUUAAAGAAAAUGCAGGGGGUCACAUAAAGACAGAGGGAUAUGAGGUUCCAGUUGCAAGAGAACGACUACUGCAUAAAGAAACAACAGCACAUAAUGAGUCUGAAGGAACAAUAGAAGAAAAGAAAAUUACUUUACAAAAAAUUCCCAGAAAACCCCAGGAAAAAUCAGGAGGAAUUGGAAGUCUGCUCCAGAAAUUUACUCGUGGUGGUAAAAGUCAUGUGUCUGAGAGGCUGAACUUGGUUCUUUGUGGGAGUGAUGGAGCAGUGAAGUCCUCCAUAUCAGAUCUCAUACUGGGUCAGAGACAGCACAGUCCAAAGUCCAGCAAGUGUGUGAGGAGGGAGGGAGAAGUGUGUGGACGUCUGGUCACUCUGGUGGAGAUACCGGCUCUCUACAACACUCAGCUCUCAGAGAAGGAAGUGAUGCAGGAGACUCUCCGCUGUGUCUCUCUCUGUCAUCCUGGAGUUCAUGCUUUUCUCCUUAUUAUUCCUGAAGGACGCCUCACUGAUGAAGACAAAGGAGAAAUGGAGACGAUCCAGAGAAUCUUUGGAUCCAGAUUCAACAAUCACACCAUUUUCCUCAAACCAAAGAGUCAGAAGAAGACAAUGAAGUUAGAUGAAGCCACUAAAUAUAUUACUGAAUUAUACAAAGGACAAGUGUAUGUUUUGGAUAUGAGUGAAAUUUCAGUGCUUUUACAAAAAGUUGAACAAAAGGUGGCAGAAAACAAUGAAAGCUGUUACACAACAAUUAUGUAUUCAGAGGCACAGGUGGAAACACAACUGAAAUAUAAAUAUAAGAAUGAAGAACUACAGAAAACAAUUAAAAAUCUAAGGAAAAAAAUGGACAAUCAGACACAAGAGGUUUCUCCAGACAUAGGAGCUCUAAAGAUUGUACUCCUGGGAAAAACUGGAGCAGGGAAGAGUGCUACAGGAAACACUAUUCUAGGGAAAAAUGUUUUCAAACACUUACUUUCCUCUCAGUCAAUUACCAGUGUGUGUCAAAAAGAAUCAGCUGAAGUUGGACAGAAAAAGAUCUCUGUAAUCGACACUCCAGGACUGUUUGACAUAAAUAUUUCUAAUGAAGAGAUCAGGAAGGAAAUUGUUAAGUGCAUCACUAUGGCAGCUCCAGGUCCACAUGCCUUUCUGUUGGUUCUUGCACUGGGACGCUUCACACAAGAGGAGAAAGAAGCAGUGAAGAUGAUCCAAGAAUUGUUUGGUGAUGAAUCUAGAAAAUACACCAUGGUGCUGUUCACCAGAGGAGAUGAUCUACAGAAAAUGAGCAUUGAAAAAUUCAUUGAAAAUUCUGAGCGUAGCUUACAAAACAUCAUUUAUCAGUGUGGUAACAGAUACCAUGUGUUAAAUAACAGACAUAUGGAAGAUCGCAGUCAGGUCACUGCUCUACUGGAGAAAAUCGACUCCAUGGUGGCAGUGAAUGGAGGGAGCUUUUACACUAAUGAGAUGUUCCAACGAGCAGAGAAAGCUCUACAAGAAGAACAGGAGAGGAUACUGAUGGAGAGAAAGGAGGAGAUAGAGAGAGAGAAAGAAGAACUGAAAGCUAAACAUGAAGCUGAAAUUGAGAAAAUGAAGAGGAGCAUGCAAGAGGAACGACGUGAACAAGAGAGAAAAAGAAAAACAAGAGAGAAUGAACUUAAAGAAAGAGAAGAGCAGAUCAAGAAAGAGUUUGUAGAGAGAGAGAAAUUAGAAAGAGAGCAAUACAACAAAAGAAGAGAAGAAGAUGAAAAAAAAAUGAAAGAGUGGAUGGCAGAGAUUAACAAAGAAAGAGAGGAG